AUGGGUGUGUGUUUCUCCGGCAUUAGAGUCACUGGUACCAGCAGCAGCAGCAGACGAAGCAGUCAGACCAACAACAAGGCAUGUAAGAAGCCUGAUUCUAAGUCUCCGAUUCCCGACAAGGACCACGACAAGCCCUCCACCAAGCGGCGCACCGGCUCCAUCCCCUGCGGCAAGCGUACCGAUUUCGGAUACGACAAAGACUUCCACGCCCAAUAUACAAUCGGCAAGUUGCUUGGCCAUGGUCAAUUCGGCUAUACCUACGUUGCCAUCGACAAGUCUAACGGAGAUCGUGUCGCCGUCAAGAGGCUCGAUAAGACCAAGAUGGUUCUUCCUAUCGCGGUUGAGGAUGUGAAACGAGAGGUUCAGAUUCUUAAAGCUCUUUCAGGCCACGAGAACGUUGUUCAGUUUUACAAUGCCUUUGAUGAUGAUGACUACGUUUAUAUUGUUAUGGAGUUGUGCGAGGGCGGCGAAUUGCUGGAUCGCAUAUUGUCCAAGAAAGAUAGUCGAUACUCUGAAAAAGAUGCAGCGGUUGUCGUAAGGCAGAUGCUUAAAGUCGCUGGAGAAUGUCAUCUACACGGACUUGUACAUAGAGAUAUGAAACCUGAGAAUUUUUUGUUCAAAUCAGCUAAACUGGACUCGCCUCUAAAAGCUACAGAUUUUGGUUUAUCGGAUUUCAUUAAACCGGGGAAAAAGUUCCACGACAUUGUUGGUAGUGCCUAUUAUGUUGCUCCCGAAGUACUGAAGCGCAGAUCAGGGCCUGAAUCAGAUGUGUGGAGCAUUGGUGUGAUUACGUAUAUACUACUUUGUGGACGUCGGCCUUUCUGGGACAGGACAGAAGACGGUAUAUUUAAAGAGGUGUUAAGGAACAAACCUGAAUUCCGUCGGAAACCAUGGUCUACAAUAAGCGACAGCGCCAAAGAUUUUGUUAAAAAGUUACUUGUAAAAGACCCACGAGCACGGCUGACUGCUGCACAAGCCCUGUCACAUGCGUGGGUCAGAGAAGGCGGGAAUGCCACUGAUAUCCCUGUCGACAUUUCAGUUCUCAACAACUUACGGCAGUUUGUGAGAUACAGCCGUCUAAAACAGUUUGCGCUACGGGCGCUUGCUAGCACACUUGACGAGGCAGAGAUUUCAGACCUCAGAGAUCAGUUUGAUGCAAUUGAUGUUGAUAAAAACGGUGUCAUUAGUCUUGAGGAGAUGAGACAAGCACUUGCCAAAGAUCUUCCUUGGAAACUCAAGGAUUCACGAGUUGCUGAGAUCCUUCAAGCGAUUGAUAGCAACACUGAUGGGUUAGUGGACUUCACAGAGUUUGUAGCAGCAGCGUUACAUGUUCAUCAACUGGAGGAACAUGAUUCAGAGAAAUGGCAGCUAAGAUCAAGAGCUGCUUUUGAGAAAUUCGACAUUGACAAAGACGGAUACAUCACGCCUGACGAGCUUCGAAUGCACACGGGGUUAAGAGGGUCGAUAGAUCCACUUCUGGAUGAAGCAGACAUUGACAGAGAUGGGAAAAUAAGCCUUCAUGAGUUCAGGAGACUUCUACGAACAGCGAGUAUAAGUUCACAGAGAGUCCUAAGUCCUGCAGGUCACAGGAAUCCUCCUCGGUAG